GCCGCGCGCACUUUCAGUUCGACGGCCUCGCGCCCCAUCGCGCGCAUCACCAUCAUCGGCAACCUCGCCGACAGCCCCGAGCUGCGCGCCUCGAGCACCGGCCGCGAGUAUCUUCGCUACGCCGUGGCCAGCAACCACGGCAGCGGCGAGAACCGCAAGACGAGCUGGUUCAACGUCAGCUGCUUCGUCCCCGAGGGCAACGCCCGGGAUUUCUACCAGUCGCUGCCAAAGGGAACUAUGGUUAUGGUCGAGGGUGAUGCUACCAUGUCGUCCUAUGUUGAUUCCGAGGGCAAGCCCAGGCAAGGGCUGAAUAUCAGGCAGCGU